CAGCUAAUGGCGGCGGCCGCCUGAGCCGGGCGGGCGGCAGAUCGGGGCCGCCAGAGGCGCGCGGCUGGACCUUCCGGGGCGCCGCUCCCCUCCCGACGGCGGCUUCCCCGCGGCGGCGGGCUCGGCGCGCCAUGGACAGGCCGGCGGCGGCGGCGGCGGCGGCGGCGGCGGGGGGCGGCGAGGGCGGCGGGGGCCUGGGCCCGGGGCCAGCGGGCGGCAGGAGGCCCCCUCGGGUCGCGGGGGCCCCCGCCGCCGGCUCCCGGCAGCCCAGCGUGGAGACCCUGGACAGUCCUACAGGAUCACAUGUUGAAUGGUGUAAACAGCUUAUAGCUGCUACAAUUUCUAGUCAGAUUUCAGGUUCAGUGACAUCAGAAAAUGUAUCCAGAGAUUACAAGGCUCUAAGGGAUGGAAAUAAGCUGGCACAGAUGGAAGAGGCGCCCCUUUUCCCAGGAGAAUCAAUCAAGGCCAUUGUGAAAGAUGUCAUGUAUAUCUGCCCAUUUGUGGGAGCAGUGAGUGGCACCCUGACAGUGACAGACUUUAAGAUGUACUUCAAGAAUGUAGAGAGAGACCCGCAUUUCGUCCUCGAUGUCCCCCUGGGAGUGAUCAGCAGAGUUGAGAAGAUUGGAGCGCAGAGCCACGGAGACAACUCUUGUGGCAUAGAGAUCAUGUGCAAGGAUAUGAGGAACUUGCGACUUGCUUAUAAACAAGAAGAACAGAGUAAACUAGGGAUAUUUGAAAACCUCAACAAACAUGCAUUUCCUCUUUCCAAUGGGCAGACACUGUUUGCAUUCAACUAUAAAGAAAAAUUUCCAGUGAAUGGAUGGAAAGUUUAUGAUCCAGUAUCUGAAUAUAAAAGACAGGGCUUGCCAAAUGAGAGUUGGAAAAUAUCCAAAGUAAACAGUAAUUAUGAGCUCUGUGACACCUACCCCGCCAUCAUUGUCGUGCCAACUAGUGUAAAAGAUGACGACCUUUCAAAAGUGGCAGCAUUUCGAGCAAAAGGCAGAAUCCCGGUGUUGUCCUGGAUUCAUCCAGAAAGUCAGGCAACGAUUACCCGUUGCAGCCAGCCACUUGUGGGUCCCAAUGAUAAACGUUGCAAGGAAGAUGAGAAGUACUUGCAAACGAUAAUGGAUGCUAAUGCGCAGGCUCACAAACUCAUCAUCUUUGAUGCCCGGCAAAACAAGGUCGCCAGCACCAACAAGGCAAAGGGUGGGGGCUAUGAAAGUGAAAGUGCAUACCCAAACGCAGAACUCGUGUUCCUGGAGAUCCACAACAUUCACGUGAUGAGAGAGUCGCUGCGAAAACUGAAGGAGAUCGCGUAUCCGGCCAUCGACGAGGCGCGGUGGCUGUCCAACGUGGACGGGACACACUGGCUGGAGUACAUUCGGAUGCUUCUUGCUGGGGCAGUAAGAAUUGCUGAUAAAAUAGAAUCUGGGAAAACGUCGGUGGUGGUGCACUGCAGCGACGGUUGGGACCGAACAUCGCAGCUGACGUCCCUGGCCAUGCUGCUGUUGGACAGUUACUACCGCACCAUUAAAGGGUUCGAGGCUCUCCUAGAAAAGGAGUGGAUAAGCUUUGGACAUAGGUUUGCACUGCGAGUGGGCCAUGGCAAUGACAACCAUGCCGAUGCUGACCGAUCCCCUAUAUUUCUUCAGUUUAUUGACUGUGUUUGGCAAAUGACGAGACAGUUUCCUUCAGCAUUCGAGUUUAAUGAACUAUUCUUGAUUACAAUUUUGGAUCACCUUUAUAGCUGUCUCUUUGGGACUUUCUUGUGCAACUGUGAACAGCAGCGACUGAAAGAGGAUGUAUAUACAAAGACUAUAUCUCUAUGGUCUUAUAUCAAUAGCCAGCUGGAUGAAUUUUCUAAUCCCUUCUUUGUGAAUUAUGAAAACCACGUCCUAUAUCCUGUUACUAGUCUGAGUCACUUGGAAUUAUGGGUAAACUAUUACGUGCGAUGGAAUCCACGAAUGAGGCCCCAGACGCCCAUCCACCAGAACCUCAAGGAGCUGCUGGCCGUCCGCGCGGAGCUGCAGAAGCGGGUGGAGGACCUGCAGCGGGAGGUGGCCGCGCGCGCCUCGGCCUCGUCUGAGCGGGGCUCCUCGCCGUCACACUCGGUCACGCCCGUGCACACGUCGGUCUGACGCC